CAUAAUUCUGAUUGUUUGAUAUUAUUUCACCAUAUAUAUUGAAGCAAUUUUUCAAGAAUUUCUGGCAUUUUUCAAAAUCAAAGAAAAAAAAGUCAAAAGUCAAAAUGUUUAUCAAUGAAAUUCUCAAUAAUAAUAAUAAACAAUCGAAUAAUGAUAAUGAUUAUUAUCGAUUAUUGGGCUGUGAUCCAAGUUCAACGACUGAACAAAUAAUUGCUGAAUAUCGUAAUCGUGCAUUACAAUUACAUCCGGAUAAAGCAACCAAUGAACAAGAUCGUUUAGAACGUGAACAAAAAUUUUGUCAAUUAUUACAUGCAAAAGAUAUAUUGAUUGAUGCGAAUAAACGUAAACAAUAUGAUCGUUGGUUAAAUUCUGGUCUAGCAAUUUCAUUUGAAAAAUUUUCAUCAUUAUCAAAUCAUUGUCAUACAUCUAUACAUUGGCUUAAUAAUAAUUAUCAUAAUCAACAAACAAAAGCAAUAACCAAUAGCACCACUAUAGCAGAUAACAAUAAUGAAUCCAAAUCGAAUAUGAUUUAUAAUCCUGAUCCAAUUGAAUCAUUUCGAUUCAAUCAUUCAUCAUCAUCAUUCAAUGAUAAUGAUAAAAUUCUUAAAAUGUUUCGUAAUUAUCAAAUUUAACUC